GGCCCGGCCCCGCAGCGCCGCCGCACCGCCGCACGGAACGCACCGGCACCGGGCCUGCAGUUCAAGAUGUCUAAAAAAAUCCGUGGAGGCUCCGUUGUGGAGAUGCAAGGAGAUGAAAUGACACGGGUCAUCUGGGAGCUGAUUAAAGAAAAGCUGAUUUUUCCUUAUGUAGAUCUGGAUUUGCACAGCUAUGACUUGGGCAUUGAGCAUCGUGAUGCUACAAAUGAUAAAGUAACUGUGGAAGCUGCUGAAGCCAUAAAGAAAUACAACGUUGGCAUAAAGUGUGCAACCAUCACUCCUGAUGAGAAGAGAGUGGAGGAGUUCAAGUUGAAGCAGAUGUGGAAGUCGCCCAAUGGCACAAUUAGAAAUAUCCUAGGUGGCACUGUCUUCAGAGAGGCUAUCAUCUGCAAGAACAUUCCCCGGCUGGUGUCUGGAUGGGUGAAACCCAUUGUCAUCGGCCGUCACGCUUAUGGGGAUCAAUACAGAGCAACCGAUUUUGUGGUGCCUGGGCCUGGAAAAGUAGAGAUGACCUACACUCCCACAGACGGAGGCAAGCCAGUCACAUAUCUGGUCCAUAACUUUGAAAGCUGUGGUGGUGUAGCCAUGGGAAUGUACAAUCUUGACCAGUCUAUCAAGGAUUUUGCCCACAGUUCCUUCCAGAUGGCACUGUCUAAAGGCUGGCCCCUCUACAUGAGCACCAAAAACACCAUUCUGAAGAGAUACGAUGGCCGCUUCAAAGACAUCUUCCAAGACAUCUAUGACAGAGAAUACAAAUCCCAGUUUGAAGCCAAAAAGAUCUGGUAUGAGCACAGGCUCAUUGAUGACAUGGUUGCUCAGGCCCUGAAAUCUGAAGGAGGCUUUGUCUGGGCCUGCAAGAACUACGAUGGGGAUGUGCAGUCUGACUCUGUUGCACAAGGCUAUGGCUCUCUGGGGAUGAUGACCAGCGUGCUGAUCUGCCCUGAUGGCAAGACUGUUGAAGCAGAAGCUGCUCACGGGACAGUUACUCGUCACUACCGCAUGCACCAGAAAGGCCAAGAAACCUCCACUAACCCCAUUGCCUCCAUCUUCGCAUGGACAAGAGGCCUCGCUCACAGAGCUAAGCUGGACAACAACACUAGCCUCGGGAACUUUGCAGUUGCCCUGGAGGAAGUCUGCAUUGAGACCAUUGAAUCUGGCUUCAUGACAAAGGACCUUGCUGCCUGCAUCAAAGGCCUGCCUAAUGUCACACGCUCUGAUUACCUGAACACCUUUGAGUUCAUGGACAAGCUUGCUGAAAACUUGAAGCGGAAGCUGGCCUCUAUGCCUAAAGCUUAAGGCAUGGGU